AAUCUUAUAUUUUCAAAAUAGCGUCACACCUUGGUGUGUGAUUACGGAGUAAUUUUUUUCAAUUUAUAAUUUCAAUUCAAUUAAAUAUCACACCGAUGGUGUGGAUAAUUGUGCUAAAGAGUCAACAUUCUUGUCAAUCAAAUGUGUUGACUAUAUAUAUAAUGGUUGCCUUUUUUCUGUUGUCAUUUAGAAUAUAUGGGAUGAUCAUCAUCACUUAUUAUUAUUAUUAUUAUUGACUUUAUCCACUUAUCAUUAUUGAUUAUAACAUCGAAUGUGUAGGAUCAAUUGCUUUCUUUCAUUUUAUUUUCUAACAUGGCAGAAAAAAAUGCAACAACACUCAACAAUGUUUGCUAUAGUUGUGUUGGUGAUGGUGAUGGUGAUGAUGAUGAUAUAAUAAUCAGUAGUAAGCAAAAUAACAUCAUAUCAACAAUGACUACGAUGAUGAGUACUGAAAACGAAAAUCAUCAACAAAAAGAACAUCUUUCGAAUAUAAUCGUAGCCAAUAAUCGUAAUUCCAAUAUUGAUCAUUUAUAUCGCGCCCAAAUGUCGAUCCAAACAAUGUAUAAACGUAUCCAAGAUAAAUUGGAUCAUUUAAAUAAUAAAAUUUUAUUCUCAAUUUUUCUUUGUUUUGUAUCAUUUCUGUUCAUCAUAAUGGCCAUUGUGGUUUAUUAUUCAACCAAUAAGGAAUCUGUUGUUGCUUCAGUGGUGGCCAGUGCUUUAUUCGCGAAUAUUCUUAAUCUAGUCACAUUGUGUGCCAAUCAUUGUGGAAAUUAUUUUAUCGUCUAUCUUUAUUGCAUGUUAACAUUGUUACAUAUUUUAGUCAACAUUUUCAUUGCAAUUUCAUUUCCAUGGUUCUUUUUGAUAAUAUUGUUCCAGAUUUUUGCCGUAAUAUUGACUACAGCACAUUUACGACGAAUAAAACGAGAACAAUUUCCAACGUUUCGUACUAAUAAUGAAUAUUUAUAAAAUAAAAUAAAAAAAAACCGUUAUCUAAUUUUUUUCUUCUUGUCCAAAAAUUUACUCAAAAUAAAUCGUCUUUUGAUUGUUCUUUCAAUCGAUACUAUCGAUUCUGUUU